AUGGGUUGCGAAUGGGACGUGUGGAUGCCCGGUGGAUGUGAAGGGUUCACUCUCAAUUCAGGUUCGCUCAGGUGGGUGCAACCAUCCUACCAUCCUACCACCCUGCUCCUAUCCGUCGUGCCGUCCUACAUUGUAGGUCCUCGCCUUCUCACUCACGCAUGA